AUGAAUCCUCCCACGGCACCCAAUCCUGCGGGAGAUGCCGGCGUACUGCCCGAGUUCAACAGCCUCAGUAUUCAGGACGCACCAUCACCACCAGCAAACGACGAGGACCUCGAUGUUCUCAACAUGUCACGAGAAACGGCAAUGAAGUUGAUUGCCCGAUCAAUUAUUGCCAUAGCAAACGCCGCUGGCGAUGUGCCAGCAACUCCACCAAUCUCCCGGCCUGGAACACCAGGUGGCCGGGAAAACCACCUCAUUCGAGCCCACCGAAGGACAUCCUCUAGGCCAGCAACGCCUAUUCCUGCCGAGAAGGAAAACCACCAGCCCACUGAACUAGCUCCACCAGAAGCGGGCCACGAUGAGCCAGUGACUAUACACGACAUUGGUGCCGGAGCUCAGCCCGAGUCCGUGCAACGAGCGAACAUGGCCAGAAAGUUCUUCUCCAAGACGGUACCGAAAGUGGGUGUCGAAGAAUACAUGAAUCGCAUCCAGAGAUUCUGUCCGUUAUCAACCGGUGUCUGGCUAGCAGCUGGCUCGUACAUGUUGCGACUAUGUGUAGUCGAUAGAAGCGUUCCACUCACUUACCGCACAAUGCAUCGGCUCAUUCUGGCAUGUGCACUUGUCGCAAUGAAGGCAUUGGAAGAUCACCGGUGGCCACAGAAACGCUUUGCGGCCGUGGGUGGUGUAGAUGAGGCAGCUCUGAGCCGGCUUGAGUUGUGUGUAGAAUUCUUGCUGUCAUUCGACGUGCAGAUAUUCACUCCGGAGAAACUCAAGGAUUUGACGCUACAACUGCAAAGGGCCGGACAAGCAGCGACACUAACAUGCAGACUACCCACUUCGUUCAAUCUGAAGCUGGGUGGCGCAAAGGUGCGAAAUGCGCAGGCUGUUUGAAUGGGUCAAAGAUUGGCAAAGUGAAGGGAAAAGCAUCUCAUUUGUUUGGAAUUCAGGAUAUCCCCCUCAUGAGCAUGGCAUGGCGUUUGGGUAGCAAAAUAUGGACAAUAAAGCGGGCAGAAUACAUGGCCGUUUCCUUAAUCACCGGAAAAGUCCAUGUAUCCGUCUAUGGAGAAAGUGUGAAGUUUGUUUUGACGGUUGGUCGUGGAGAGCCGGUAUUUGGGCAAUUGGGUACCGUCUCGAGUGUAUUAUCGGGGCCAACAGGGCAGUAGGCGGCUUGUCCGUGUCUGCUCAAAGGCAUAAUAUACGGCAUUGGGAGCCGGGGUGGGCAUUUGUGGCGGCUAGGUAGAACAGUGCUGUCACUAAGAUGGUGUUGAGGCGACAGGCAAUGGAAUGAGUGCUCAUCCCUGCCAA